GUCAACAUUAUCUCAGAAGUAAGCAACUCGACUCGACUAGUCAUAGUAAAGUAAAGAAUCCUUCAAUCAAUAAUGCGUCGUGCGACUUUUGGCCAAAGAUGUAAGGAAUUUUUGAAAAUAUCAGUCCAAUGACUUUUUAUUUGUUCAGUGACUGCUUUUUCAAGCUAUAGGAUUAAGAAAUUCAUAAAUCCAUUGUACGCCCUGUGUACCAGAGAUGGACAUGCUACAAAAAUAAGAGCCUAAUGGCUUCUCAAGAAAAUCUAUCUACUGGACUCAAAUAACCUGAUUCCAUUAGUUUAAAGUUCAUUUCAUUGCCCAAAACUAUUAUUCGUAGAUAUCCAUUAUUAAUCCAUGGACAUAAUUCGACUGAACAUCCAUUGAAGAAUGUAUGCUGUCUGGGAUAUAGUAGGCCAUUAAUUUUUUGCAAAAAUCAACCUGAUCCAAGCCUAUACUUCACAAUGUCGGCGUAUUUGUUUUCAAAUAAAUAUAAAUGUCUAAAUAUAAAAUGCGAAAAAAAGUAAAUCACCGUGUACAACAGCAGUCGCAUGUGUGCUGCCAACAGAUAACAACCUUUCCUAAUAGAAAUGCUCAGUAAAGCGAGAAAACUUCGUUUAGAACCCGAUUAUCCUGGCCGCAAAGGAAAAUUGAUGAAAGACGUCCAUAUGGGGCCCACACCAGUCGCAUUUUCAGUCUUACUGAGUCUUUACAUCCAGAACGUUCGCAGCAAUGUUUAUAAAACUUUUUCAUUUAGCUGAGCGAAAAAAUAUCGUUUUUAUCAUCGUUUACAUGCUGUUUUUGUUGGAUAAUGUUUUAUUAACUGUUGUGGUUCCAAUCAUUCCGGACUAUCUGUUUUCAAACUUGCUAAAUUACACUUAUACAGCCAAGUAUGGCCCAGCCUCCCUAAGCCCCUUACAAAGAAAAUAUGAGACUUUAGAGAGUGAUAACGGGCCUUUAGGGGCCCUGUUGGCAUCAAAGGCGUUCGUGCAGUUGGCAUUUACCCCUUUUAUCGGAUAUUUAACACAAGUUUUAGAUUCUAACAUACCACUGCUUGUUGGAUCUUGUAGCUUGUUCAUUGCCUCCAUAUUGUUUGCUUAUGGAAACUCAUAUGAAAUUCUUGUAACAGCGCGGGCAUUACACGGCAGCGCCUCAGCAGCGAUCGCUGUUAGUGGAAUGUGCAUUUUAGCGGAACACGUGCCAAAGGAAUCCCGUAAUAAAUUUAUGCCAUUAGCAUUUGGAGGGAUUGCCUUAGGGGUUCUUAUAGGGUACCCCCUAGGGGGCGCUGCUUACCAACUGCUCGGCAAGAUUGUCCCCUUUUUGUUUAUAGCCUUUCUUAUUUUAAUUAGCAUUGUUCUACAGUUGGGGCUGCUUACAACUGAGAGUAUGGAUUUGCACACGUCAGCGAACCCAAACUCCACCUACGUUCAAUGGGUGGAACUUUUAAAAAACAAGGUGAUUGUAAUAUCUGGUUUAUCUAUAUGCAUUAGCACGUCAUCUAUGGCUAUACUGGAACCAUGCGUGCCAAUGUGGCUACUGACGCACAUGCACCCUCGUCCCUCCAAAUGGCAGUUGGGGGCUGUUUUUAUACCGGAUAGCGUUGGUUACUUUAUUGGAUCACAUUUUGCUGGGUUGAUUUCUGUUGAGCCAUGGCGCAUAUCUAUAAGCGCUAUGGUAGUUGCAGGAUUAAGUUGUAUCUACUUACCAGAAGCGAACAGCAUGGCUCAGCUAUCGAUACCUCAUUUCGGAUUGGGGUUGGGAGUGGGGGCUGUAGACGCAUCUUUGGUACCCCUCUUAGCGAACUUCGUGGACAACCAAGGCAGCACUCAGUACGGACCGGUAUACGCGUUUCAGCAAGCAGCUGUAGCUGUAGCUUAUUCCUUUGGACCUCUCCUGGGAGGUCAGGCUGUACAAAUAUUCGGGUUUCCUUGGCUGAUGCGCCUUGUUGGGUUUGUUAAUUUGAUGUUUUGUCCAUUUUUGCUAGAAUUGGAAAAUCGGGACGAACAAAAAAGACCGGUUAUAACUGGUUAUAUGCCCUCUUAUUCUACAUUGGACUCGCUUAAUAGCUUUUCACAAGAAAAUGAGUAAAUAAUUUUCAGUGUUUUAUCAAUAAAGUAUUUCUUAUUUAAUGAG